AUGCGACCGACGGAUCGCCUGGGCGCCCGCGCUCGAGAUCCGGAAGAGCUUGUGAAGGCCAUCAAGGACCACAAGGUACCGAACACCAGUCAGGCGAGAUUGGACUGGUUCAAGCAGGACGCGUUGAGGCUGGCCCGGGCGUGCAGGCAGUUUGUGGAUGCGGCGGGGGGUAGCACAAUCUACAAAGUUGCGCGCAACGUCCAUGUCAGCGGAUACGUGCGCGCCUGGCGGAUCGGUUAUCCGCUGUUCAAGUACAUAGGCGUCAUGGUCCUGGGAUUCAGACUGGAGCAGCACGACUUCAAGAAAGCGCUUAUCAUCUUGAAGGUCUACACGGCGGGCGACCUGGCUCUAUACAUGUUCGGCCUCCAUGCGAUGCGCCGUAUGCUCACGCUGUCAAAGUUGAAACGGCUGUAUCAAGUGGCACAACUUGUGAACUCCAUGGACCAAUAA